AUGUGGGCGCCAGGAGGCCCGCCGGGGCCCGCGGGCUGGGACCGCCGCAGGGUGGGCGCCCGGCUGCGCGCGGCGCUGGCGGGGCUGCAAGAGCUGCAAGGGCUGCGCGCCCGGCAGCAGGCGCUCGUGCGGGGCGCCCUGGCCGCGCAGCCCCCGCCCGCGCCCGCCGCCCGCCGUGGGCCCCGCGCCCACGAGCUGAGGCUGGAGGCGGCGCUGGCGGCGCUGCAGGACCAGCUGAGCCGGCUGCGGCGCCAGGACGUCGGCCUGAAAGCCCAGCUGGACCAGCUGGGCCAGCAGAUCAGCGAGCUGCAGCUGGACGUGCGGAGGGCGUCCGCCGAGGGCCCGGACAGCGACAGCCGGCCCAGCUCGGGCUUCUACGAGCUGAGCGACGGCGGCUCCUGCUCCCUCUCCGCCUCCUGCACGUCCGUGUGCAGCGACCACCUGUCCCCCUCCCUGGGCACCCUGCUGCCUGCGGUGCCCAUGGCCAGGACCAGCGCAGGGGCCCCCCGGCCCUGGUCUGCCGAUGAGACCACCGUGUGUGGCGGACCCCCGCCCGCAUGGAGGCUGCCGGCUGCUGAGGAGGGUGCGGGUCCCACACUGCAGGGCGCGUCCCGGCCCCGGCCAGUGUCCACAGGCGACCUUGAAAGAGUCCUACCGGCUGAGGGGUGGCUCCUGGAGGCCAAAGCAGACACCACGUCCUCCUCCCUCCUCUGCCACAGGGCAGGCCUCCCGCCCCACGUACUGGACCCCAAGUACCAGCGUGACCUGGUGUCCGAGGGCGGCGGGGAGGUGUACCGCUUCCCCAGCCCCCUGCACGCAGUGGCCCUGCAGAGCCCCCUCUUUGUUCUGACCAAAGAGGCCCUGCACAGCCGCUUGCCGCCCCCCAGCAAGCCCCCUCCCGGCCCCUCAGGUCCCAGCUCAGGCUGGACUGGGCCGCUCCUCGGGGCCGGCUCCGCCCGGGCCUAUAUAGACAAGCUGGUUGCCCUGCGGGGCCAAGGGAGCCCCCCAAGAGGCAGUGCGGGUGAGCAGGGGCCCCCGGGGGGCGAGGGGUCCCCAGUCCAGAGAGCAGAGAGUGGAAGUCGCCCAGAGAGGCCGGCCUGCGCCCCGAGAAGGGCAGACACAGGAGGGGGGCCUCAGAGGAGGGAAGCGGGUAGGGACAGCCCCAAGCAGCAGGGACCUGCACCCCUCGUGGGCCCCCAGCACCCCAGCAGCCUUUCAGAGGACAGACACACGCCUUCUAGCAGCUGCGUCCGGGUGCGGACCAUCCUGGGCUCCGCUUGGCUCGGGGGCGAGUCCCCCGCCGGCUGCGCCCGGGCCCAGCCGGCCACCCCUGAGGGCGGGGGCGGCAGAGCCAGGCUGCCCUCCAAGGCCCCGGGGCCCUGUGUCCGUCCCCGCUCCGGUGCCAGCGGAGCCACCCCGGCGGGGCCAGGAACCAGCCACCCCAUGACAAAGGCUGUGCGGAUGGGGCGGGGGGCCAGCGACAAGGCGCCAAGGCCAGGGAGGCAGCCGCCGGCCUGGGGCGCCCUCCUAGCCCCUCAGCGUUCCCCAGCCUGGGGCGCUGGGCCCAGGGGGCAGCCCACCCAGGCGCGGGAGGCCCCUGGCCGGUCCUGCUCCGAGUCCAGCCUCUACCCUGUGUCCUUCCUCGUCCCCCUGCUGGUGGCCAGCCGGGAGGGCCAUGGGGCCUCGGUCCAGGCCCUGUUCUCCUUGGAAGCAGCCCCCGCGGGGGCCGCCGGCGGCGAGGCCCGGUGGAGGCAGCGCAGGUGGCUGUCCUCCGUGGAGAUCUCAGCCGGCGCCCAGGGCCCCGGGCAGGGGCCCCCCAGGCCAGCGACACGGAGAGGGGCCGGCCCGCGGCCCGCGUGCCCUCGGGCAAGGCCCAGGCUGCCGCGCCGGGACCCCCGGGCCGGGAGCGAGACUGGUGGCUCCGAGCGCUCCGCCGAGUGCCCCUCCCGGCUCCACUCCACCAUCGCGGAGAGCAGCGAGGGCGAGGCCAGCGACCACACCACCAACCGCUUCGGGGACCAGGAGUCCGGUGGCAGCGACGCAGAGGACAGUGUCCGGGGCACCGGGAGCCGCCCAGCCUGGCCCGGGGGGGCACCCCCACAGCCCCCACGGGCGCCCACCUGCUCCCGGCCAGCCCUCCCCACGACGCCCAGGCCGCGCCGAGUCAAGGCCUCCAAGGCCCUGAAGAAGAAGAUCCGCCGGUUCCAGCCGGCCGCCCUGAAGGUCAUGACCCUGGUGUGA